AUGACAUCCACCGACACCCAGAACAGCAGCAGCAAGGACAAUGGUUCGGAAUAUCAAGGUCCCACGUUGACGCUUGAAUCGGUCUUUGUUACCAAGGAGGCCUACCGACAAAUUGCCGAAGAAUUCUAUCCCUGCCAUUCCAAGCAUCUCAAUCUCAUACUCCACAUUCUCGGAGCCGGUGUUCAAAUGUGGGGUGUCGUGCAAUUACUCCGCUUCUUUCAUCUCCAAAUCAUUGUCUAUAUCUUUUGCUUUUACGUCGCCAUUACGUGUCCCAUCAUGACGGGAUUGCUCCAUACACUCUGGUUUGGUUCUUUCUUGACGGUGCCACUUCCUACUAUUCCACCCGACUUUUACGUGGUACUGCCACUUCAAGACGUCGACCCCACACUGGUCAGUUGUGUCAUUGCCAUGGCCUGUGGCGUGGUCAAAGAUAUCGGGCAUCAUGUCUGUAAUGAACCGCCGUUCAUGGGAAACUAUAUAAAAUCCAAACCAUAUCUCUUUUUCUUUCAUGCCACCUGGCAUUUGCCACUCCUCAUUGAUGCCUAUUCGCCAUUUUCUACCGUCAAACAACAACAAAACAAGCUGCACAAGAAACUGUAA